UUUUGUGGUCAGGAGAAUAGCCUUUGUUGCUCAAGAGUCAAAACUAUAAGAGACUAUAAUACAGAGAUCUAAAUGCACAUUCCUCUCUCUGUAUUCUGAAUCACUGGGAGUUUUUUUUUUUUUUUUGAUCUCCUGCUGCUUGGAAGCUAAAGGCGCAGAAUUCUGGCUCAGGUGUUUCAAUAAAAUUAGGUUAGUAACUCCUCAAAAUAAAUCCUCGUUCCUGCCCUCCGACAUGUGGUGGAUGCUGUUUCCUCGCUGGAUUUGGUUCAUCUCGGGACAGUUUUUGCUGCUAUUUGUGGAGAGGCAAUGUGUGAAAGGCAUGACUUUGCAGACAGUUCCCUAUUCACACGCAGGGAUCUGUCCAAACGACAUGAACCCAAACUUGUGGGUUGAUGCAAUGAGCACCUGCACGAGAGAAUGUGAAUCUGAUCAGGAAUGUGAAACAUUCGAAAAGUGCUGUGCCAAUGUUUGUGGCAAUCGUAGCUGUGUGGCGGCCCGAUUCAUCGAUGCUUCAGGAAAGAAAGGGCCCAUGGGCAUGCCAAAGGAGCCGUCCUGUGACAAGUUCUUGUGCCUUCAGCAGGGCUCCGAGUGUGAAAUCUGGGAUGGCCAGCCUAUGUGCAAGUGUCGCGACCGCUGCGAGAGAGAGCCCCACUUUACCUGCGCCUCAGACGGGAUGACCUACUAUAACAAGUGCUACAUGGAUGCAGAAGCGUGCUCAAAGGGCAUCUCCUUAUCGGUGGUGAUGUGCCGCUUCCGCCUCACCUGGCCUAACACUAGUCCACUCCCGAUGGGCACCACGGCAUUGCCCACCACCCCAGAAGAUGUGCACGCUCCUGUCAUGAUCAACAGCCCAUCGCAGCAAUUCGUGUUCGUUGGCGACACGGCCAGCUUCCUUUGCGAAGUUGCUGGCCGACCAACGCCCGAGAUAACCUGGGAGAAGCAGAUGGACGUCCAGGGAAACGUAGUCUUAAAACCCAACCACAUGCAUAGGAAUGUUGUGGUCACCAACAUCGGUCAGCUGGUUAUCUACAAUGCUCAAUUGCAAGAUGCAGGAGUCUAUACAUGCUUGGCCACAAAUGCAGGUGGAUCUAUCCGAGCACAUUUUCCACUGUCCAUACUUGAGCAAGAGCCAGUCACAAAGUUGAACUCAACAUAUUUCCCAGCAGAGGAGUGCUUUAAGGUGCCUAAUAGUGAAGAUUGUGGGGAGGAAAAGCUGAGUUGGUUUUACGACCCCCAGAGGAACAACUGCUACACCUUCACCUACGGCAACUGCAGCAAAAACCGCAAUCACUUUGACGCUUAUGAGACCUGCAUGUCGUCCUGUCGAGAUGAACUCGCAGCUCCUUGUAACCUUCCCAUCUACCAGGGACCUUGUAAGGCUUAUGAACCUCGCUGGGCCUAUAACAGCUCCCAGCGCCGGUGCCAACCGUUCGUAUACGGUGGCUGCAAAGGCAACGAGAACAACUUCAAAACCAAAGAAUCGUGCGAGGACACCUGCCCGUUCACAAGGAGCCUUCGCUGCAAGCUGUGCAAGCCGCGCCACAAGAUGGUGACCAGCUUCUGCAAGAGCGAUUUUGUGAUUCUGGGACGCAUGAAGGAGCUGACCGAGGACCAAGACUCGGGUCACGCUCUGAUCACCGUGGAGGAGAUCCUGAAGGAUGAGAAAAUGGGGCUGAAAUUUUUCGGAAAUGAGCCCUUGGAGGUGACAUUGCAGAGCAUGGACUGGGCCUGUCCGUGUCCGAACAUCACCACCUCCGAUGGCCAGAUCAUCAUCAUGGGGGACGUCAGCAACGGUAUGGCUGUCCUUCAGCCUGACAGCUUCAUCGUCCUUUCCAGCGCCCGGCGCGUCCGUAAGCUCCGAGAGGUCAUCAACAAAAACACUUGUGACAUAUUAAAAGAGUUCAUCUAGUAGGACCUUUUCCAUCAUGUAAAGUAACGAUUAAAUCCCUGUUCUGAUGUUGUAAGAAUUGGUCUUUUAUGUACAGCAUUUUGCACCCAGACCAUUUGCUUUGACAAGCUCAGAUAUGUUUCUACAGCUUGAAUAGAAAUGCUAACAUCAACUUGGAAGGUUUUUAUAAGAGUUGCCCUUACAGUUAAAGUAAAAGAAAAUUUGUGGACAUAGGACCCAUGAAUCAAAUACAUCUGCUUGCCCAAAAACCCCAUAAUACAUUUAAGUACUGGAAAUUAAUUAUUGUAAUGCUGUGUCAUUUGAUGAUUUUGAUAAAUUAACUUUUUUCUCUUUGCUUGUU